AUGCCCCGGAAGUUUGUAAACAUAAUACGUUCUUUGUAUUCUCAGAGUUCCGGACGUGUGGGAGUGUACGGAGAGCUCCCCAAAAGCUUCCGUACACAAAGCGGUGUCCGUCAGGGAUGCCCACUCUCUCCAUUCCUUUUUAACUUCGUGAUCGAUGAAAUAAUGAAACGAACGCUGGAGGGUCUCCAAAACCCUGGGUGGGGACCGCGUGCUCCUCACUGUGUCUGGGUGGAGACACUACAAGAUAUGGCUGCCAAACGAUAUCAGUGGCGUUCUUGUUGUCAGUUUCUAUCCAGAUUGCCUGAGCUUUCAAAUAAAUCAUGGUUGUACGGCAGUGAAGCAUCAGUAUUGAACACUGAUGUCAUGCUGUCGAUGAUGAUGAUGCGUGAUAUGCUGGUUCCGUUAGGGCCCAAGUGGUUAGAGCGCGAAUUUACUGUCUGGAAGGGCCGUGGUUCGGAUCCUCCCUCUGCCUCUCGACUUCCCAUGUCUAGGCUUAGGCAACCUGGCAGUAUUCCAGCCCACGUGCCUCCCUCGUGUGGCAUGGCGGCUAGGCGCCGAAAGGGUGCUACAGCUGGAUGGUUUAUUUUAUUUUUUAUCUCCGAGGGUUGGAUUUUGACGGCAUAG